GCAAUUCAUCCCUCCUUCUGGGACGCAACCGCACCGCACCGCACCGCACCGCACGCCCAGCUCGUGGUGUCCACUCCGUCAUCUCCUUUCCCCGCGGAAGCCAGACAGACAGACAGACAGGUAGGUAAUGACGCUGCCUGCCACCCUCACUCUCACCCUCACCCUCACCACCCUCACCACCACCAAAAAACAACACCUAGCAAACCAACAACAAUCAUCUAAGUAACUAAUUUAUCUAACCAACCAACCCUCCAGCUUAACCACCACACCUACCACCACCAACCAACCCACCAACCCAACCCGACAAUCAAAACCAAAAAUGUCCCAACUCAACUACCGCACCAUAAACAUCGACGUGCUCGACCCAGACUCCUCCAUAAACUUCCCCCUGGACUCCCUCCUGCCGUCGACGCUGCCCUCCGCCACAAACGCCAGCGAAGCGGCCUCCGCGGCCACGCAGAUCCGCCAGCUGCUGCGCGGCGGCGACCCCGAGGGCGCGCUGCGGGCGGUGCUGGACUCGGCGCCGCUGGGCGGCGACGACCGCGCCAAGGAGGUCCAUCUGGCCACCGUCAUUGAGGUUCUUCAGGGUAUUCGGCAGGGGGAGAUGAGUCGGGUGCUUGAGGGGGUUUGUGCGGGUGAGGGUGGGUCGGAGAGGGCGGAUUGUUUGAUGAAGUAUUUGUACAAGGGUAUGGCGUCGCCGGCUCCGUCCAGCGGGUCCAAGUCCGUCUCCCCGCAGAGUACCGGGGGGUUCUCGCAGAUUCAGGGCCGCAAUCUGGGUGAGGGUGGCGGUGGUCAGCAGAUGAGUGUGCUGUUGAACUGGCAUGAGAAGCUGGUGGAGGUGACGGGGACGGGGUCGAUCGUGCGGGUGAUGACGGAUCGGAGGACGGUUUAGUUUGUCUGGUGGGAGAUUAGGAAAGGCGAUUAGGGGAUGUGGUACCUAGUCGUGAUGCUUUGUAUCUUGUUGUUGUUUGUGUUGUUCUAUUCCGUCCAUAUUAUACGACCCUAUCAUACAUAUAUCUAUCCAUGU